UAGAUGUCUAUAUUAGUUACACUUGUAUCUUUGUACCAUGAUUAUAGCUUGCAACCCAAGUUAACAACACCUACCCAAUCACAUUCAACCACAAAGCUCAUAUAUCUAACUAGUGCUUGUUUCAAUUUAGAUCCAAAGUCAUGAGAGAUGUCAUGGAAAGGUUUCUUGUUCUUCCUAUUUCUAUGGGAUGUAUCACAAAGUCAACCACAGCUGCAGUUGAAUCAACUCAGUCAACAAAACACAAGACACAGAAACCUCAAUCAAAACAUCAUAUGACAAAUGGAAAAAGGUCAUCAAGAAUGAAAGUCAUGAAUUCUUGGAGAAUUGUAAGCAGAUCCACCAUUUCAAGAGGCAUACAAAGACUAAUCUUGGGGACUUUUCAAAGAUUUUCUCAGAUUUUAAAAUACAAAGAUGUGGAGGAAAUUGAAAUGGAGAAAGAACUGGAAAUUGGGUACCCAACAGAUGUAAAGCAUGUGACACACAUAGGAUAUGAUGGAACAAUGACCACAAAUCCUGUGAAAAACUGGGACAAUAUAGAUACACCAGAAAUACAUUCAUUCCCUACAAUCUCUUUAAAACAAUUUGAACAUGCAAUGGCUGCACAAUCAGAAGAGACCCCUUCCAAAAACACUACUUGAAAUGAUUCUUUUCCUUAUUUGUUAUAGAGAUCUAAUUUGUUUCAUUUCAUAUGUGAACUAUAUUCAUGAUUUUAUAAUCAAAAACAUAUAUUGAAAAUUGAGGUAUGAGAUA